AUGAGAAGGAGAUCAGAAGAUUCAGAUUCGAAGGAAGAUACAGUUCAGGAAGUAUAUAAUGACUGUUAUAUUGUAAUGAGUCGAAUUCGUCAAAAUGUUGAACAAUAUUUAGUAAAAGACUAUGAUAAUGGCAUAAGUCAGUGGAAAACUAUAGAUGAAUUAAAAGUUAUGAAAGAUUACAAAAAUAUUAUUUCUCUUUUCAAGAAAACUGAAAUAAAAGAAACAAAUCUCCGCGAAGAAGAAAAACCAGUAGCUAUAUCGUUCAGACCUGACAAGUAUUUACUGUACAGAGUAUUCUAUGACUAUUUAUACUGGGAAAAAGUUUCAGAUGAUGAAUUUGAAAAUUUUGUAUCAAAUAUGAAGAGUUUUACAUAUAAAAAUGAUAAAAUUACACUCAAUUUACAAGAAUCCAAUGAAUUAUUGCAGAAAUUCGUGAAUAUAAACAAUGAAAAUCGUUCGGGAAUUUUAUAUGACUCUUUAUCAACGCAGAAAUAUAAUUUAGUUACUCGAUUCUUAAAUACUGCAACAGAUAAUGGUUGUGGACCGUUUUUGGUUGUCACAACUAAAGAAAAUUAUUCAAAUUGGUAUAAUUUUUUAGAAAAUACAAAAUUAGUAACAAUUGAUUAUAGUUGUGAUCCUUUAGAACGAAAUAUAAUUCGAGACUACUGCUUUAAUAGCUUAGAUGAGUUCGGAUCCCCUUAUCAAAACAAAUUUUCUUUUAAUGUCAUAGUUACAACAUAUGGAAUACUGAAAUAUGAUCUUAAUUCAUUUGAAAAUAUUCCAUUCCAUACAGUUAUCUAUGACGAACCUACUUUUUCCGAAGAAAUUGAUUUUCAUAUUUUUCCAAGAGCAUUUUUCUGUUUAAAGUAUCUAGAGCUUGAGAAAAAUAGCACAUACAAGAGUUUGUUAUCAUUGGUUAAUGCUCCUUCUGAAAUUUCUUCCGUAGAUUUUUCAAAUAAUUUUGUUAUUUCAAUAAAACAAACAGUAGCCAACAGAAAUCAUAAUGAAAUAGUUAGUCUUAAGCCAACAAACAGUCAGGAUGACUGCUUGAGAAUGCAUCAUUUAGAUUUACUCCAAAAAAUCACAAAUCGAUACUCUUCUAAAUCCCCAGAGGCCAUUGAGCAAGAAAUAUUGAAUAACCCAACACAGUUACUGGGAUUGAACGAGUAUUAUUCAAAAAUCUUUAAAUCAAAUGAUGAUUUUCUUUUGAAGCUUUCCUCUAAGUUCCAAUUUAUCAAAUACCUUGUUAAAACUGUUUACUCAGCCCAGUCAAUACUAAUUGUUACCAGUAAUUAUCAAAAUAUGCAGAGUUUAUACUUAUUAUUCAAUCAAUAUUCGAAAUGUUUCAAAAUUAAUGGGAAAACAAAUAUUGAAAAACUGCAGAAGACAUUUAAAGAUCAAAGACAGGAAAGAUUCAUCAUUAUUUAUCAAUAUUCCAGCCAAGAAAUAGAUUUAUCUUUUGUUUCAGUAAUAAUUUAUUUAGAACCACAAGAAAAUUAUCAGGAUAUCAAUAUAAAGGUCAAUAUUUACAAUAGCCUUGAAGAAAUUCAUAUUUAUCAUUUAAUUUGCACAGAUUUUGAGAAAACUCAACUUUUGGAACAAAUUAAAAGAAGAGAAGAAAAAGAAAACUAUUUAAGUGUAAGAACAGUAUCGUAUUUACUUGAAAAUACCCAAAAUCUCUCUUUUCCUUUGAUUGAAUCGAUUUCUGACUAUAAUUCAUCAAAUCCUGAUGAUAUAAAGUGCAGAGAAUUGAAAUAUGAUGAAUCAGAAACUGAUUUCAUAGCAAGAAUGACAUUUAACGUUCAAACUGACGAAGAUGAAAAAUUAAUGUCAGUUGAUGAGUCAUAUUUAUGCGUUUAUUUCCUGGAUUUGUUGGGAUUUGGUCAAUGGAAACAAAUUGGUCUCUCUAUUAAGGCUUCUGUUCCUCAAGUUAAAGAUUUAUGCAUGUCUUUGAUAAAUUAUUGCCUUUCGAAGCUUUCGGAUACACAAAUAUCCGAUUUACCACAUUUGUUAGCGGUUUUAUCCAAACUUUCACCAACUUUUUCCCUUGAAAAUAUUCAUACAAUUGAAAUUGACUUCAGAUUGCUAAGAUUAGCAAGACAUGCCUUCAAUAGUUUAUGGAUAAACGAAUACCGUUUCCUUAAAACCAUAGAAUUGAGGCUUUGCGCAAGAAAAUUUUUGAAAAGGCAAAUCUCGGUUCAAUUUGAUAUCAAAAAGGAUCUUGAGGAUUUCGGAAAAUUCGGAAAAGUUGAUAGGAAUGUUUACACUCCUCUUUCUGACUUCAAAAUCGCAAAUUUCGAACCAUCUCAAAUUGAAAUUGCUGCAAUGGGCGAUUUGAUAUACGGGAACCACAUAGAUCCAUUAUCACCGAUGCAACAAUACCUAGAAGAGAUGAUGAACCGACAAUUUUUAGAAAAUGAUGAAAUUAUUUUCCAUAUGAAAUGGAAUUCGUCAGAAUUAUACAAGCUUUUCACAGCUCUGAAGAAUUUCCCUAACGAUGAAAACUUUUAUUCCAAGGCUGCAAUUGUUACAAAAACAAAAGCUGAUAUCAAAAACAAAAUAGAUGAAAUAAUGGCCAAAAGUUCUAAAAACAAAGAUAAAGAGGCCAUUAUUAAGUAUCAAAACCUGUUUUCUUUGAUGAAAGAAUUUAUUAAAGCAAAUCCUCCCCAAAAUAAUAUAAUUGAAUGGACAAACUCUACAAUUAGCAAGUUCUUUGAACUUGUUAUGAUAUUCGGACUCAACAGAUUUAGAGAAAUCCUUCUUGAUUCAAGAUUUAAAUUUGUAAAUCUUCUUUCUCAGGAAGAGAUCCUUUUAUUAAGAAAGAGAUCUAGAAAUAUCCCUAAUUCAACUCACUCUUCCUUCUUAACAGUCCGUGGAAUCAUGGAUUUCUUAGGAUUGAAAAAUUAG